AUGCCCGCUGGGAAUGCUGAAAUACCAAAUUCAGUAGUGGGUCUGUCUGGCUCAUGUGUGGUGAUCCCUUGUAAGUUCAACUACCCAUCAGAAGGAAAGAUAUACAACGAAUUCACAGGAAUCUGGUACAAAGAUUCAUAUGACGUAAUCUACCACAAAGAGACUUCCAAAAUCAUCAGCAAAUUCAAAGGUCGCUCAAGUCUACUUGGUGAUCUGCAUCACAAAAACUGCACUUUGAAAAUCAACUCUUUACAUCACAGCGAUGCUGGAUUGUACAUGUUUCGCAUGGAGAUGAAAGAUUUCAAGUACACCUACGGGAAUAAUAAAGUUUCUAUUACAGUGAAAGAUUCACCUGAACCACCCAUCAUUGCUGUGGAUGACGAAGUUAUAUCAAAGAGAGAAAUGAACGCUUCUUGUAUUGUGUCACAUUCCUGCCCGUUUGACCCGCCCCGUCUCACCUGGAACCAUAAAGGGACUCUCACGAGUCACUCUCAGUCACAAGAUCACGGUCAAUGGAGAUUAACAUCAUCUCUGACCUUCACACCCUCCAGAGAAGAUCAUAAUAAACCUCUCAACUGCUCUGCAGAGUUCAGUGGUGGGACAAAAGUGACCAGCAUCAAAACACUCAAAGUUAAAUAUCCUCCUGAGAUUAAAAAUGGGUCUUCCUGCAAAUCAGAGCCUACAGUCUGUGUUUGUAUCGUGGACUCCAACCCACCCAGUGAAGUCAAGUGGUUUGGUCCCUCGGGAGCUUUCCCCAGCUCCAGUGUUGAACAAAAUGGUUUUCUUACCAACUUUACCCUUCAGGGGUGGGAGGGUUUCCCCGACACUAUCCAAUGCUUUGCCAAUAACAGCGAGGGAAACUCUGUCAUAACUCUCCAAGUGCCUCAUCGUGGUAUGAUCAUAUAUAUUGCAGUUGCCACAGCUGCUGUUUUAGUUACUUUAGUGGUCAUUUCAGUUUGUGUAGCCAAAAUACACUGUAGGGGCAGAGCUCAGGAACAGACAACCCCAAACUCUGGCUUAGAAAGCAAAGAAGAGAAAAGCAAUGACAGUUACACAAACAACCAAUACGAUGAUGAUUAUAAGAACUGGGGGUGUGAUGACAGAGACCUGCCAUGUGGGCAAGAUGAAGAUGAAGCAAUCUAUGCUAACACAUAAAAAUAAAUAAACGCAUGAUUAACCUGUUUGUAAAAUUAGAAAGGUAAAGUGCCUCACGCCAUUUAUUUCAUUGGCUAUGCAAUUUUUGUGCAAUUAAUUUCUCAUAAGUUUUGACCCUAACUACUGUUGAAUUAUUU